AUGGGACCCGAGUUCAAUCCCUUCGCUUCGCCACAAACUGUGAUUGAGGACUCCGUCAAAGGGGAAACGGAUUAUCUGAACAGAAAUGAAACGCUAGAAAACUACCUGAGUCUGUAUGAUGAGCCCAUGAAGCGGGGACUGAACAGCGUAAAGGCAAACAUUCAAGUGAAGGACGAUGCAUGUUGCAUGGACUCGAUAAUAUUCAACGACAUGGAGAUGGGAGACGAGAACUACAGUGUGCUUGACCAAGGGGAGGGGAGUUCUUUACAAAGUUUUCCUGACUCCGGAGAUGGUAGUCUGAGCGACACGGGUGCCAACGAGACACCCUUCCAGGAGCGCAGCGGCGAAGACGCGAAGCGCACACCAGAAAUGGAACUUGUCCUGGAAGACAAUUUCGAAGCCCGACGCAGUGACAACCUGUUCGAGGUGCAGAGUGGACAGCUGGCCGAGAGUCCAGUCAGGCAACUAGAAAGAGAAAAGGAGGAGGAUGAGUCUCCCACAGGUGUAGAGGUGAAGUCAGUUGGUGAUGUUCGUGAGAUCAGCCACGCUGGUCAGCUGGACGAUCUUAACAGCCUUUGCGACGUAGGCCAAUUUAUAAAUCACAAGAGGAACGCUUUUAGCAGUGCACGUGGAGAGGUGCGCCAGAAGGACGACCCCCAGCCGGGAAAGCCCUACAGUGAUGCAAAUUUGCAGAGCGAAAUGCCCUACGACGAGUGCGCCCUGACGAACGGGUUCUUUAACACGAUUGAAAAUAUAAACACCAAGGUGGUGCAAAAGUACAAGAAUUUAAAAGCAGUGUCCGAAGGUCUCAUUGGGGUUGUUACAAAGUCUGACUUCGAGCACAGGAUAGAUGAACUGGUCAGGUUUAGUGAAAGGAACUCUGUGCUCAUUGAACAGUUCCGCAAGCAAAGCGAGGAGUGCAUUCGCCGGUGCCGCAAGUUUGAGACGUCGUCUGAACAGCUGGUCGGAGAAUGCAUUGAGACCCUGGCGAACAGCAGCAUCUGUUACGCAGAGUGGGUGUGCCUGCACGCGCGCAAGCUGGACCCGUUGGAGGUAGUGCUCUCCGACAUGCAGGAGUUCGUCCGAGCGAACGAGUAA